AUGUUGAUCCCCAAUUCGUUGGAUACAAACGGGGUGUACACCCUGCUUAAUGAGGACGAUCUCCGCCAGAUGGCCGAGGAGGGCCCCAAGGCUCACCCCAUGAAUGGUCACACCAGAUACAGCGAUGUGGCUCUGGAAGAUCUGCUACGGCAGAAAUUCUGGGACGGAAAGCGCGUGUUCAUUAUGGGAGAUGCGUGCCAUACACACAGCACCUCGGCUGCUCAGGGGCUGAACACUAGCGUGGCCGAUGCUUUCAACCUAACAUGGAAGCUGGCAUUGGUGCUGCAGGGGAGGGCCCACGCAAACCUGAUGGAGACUUAUGCUCUGGAGCGACGGCAGAUGGCAAAGGAGCUGAUUGACUUUGAUGUUCAGUUCUCGCAUCUGUUCUCGCGCAAGGAUUUCCGUGAGGAUACGCAAUUCCAGGAUACAUACAAGAAGGCACAGGGCUUCACCUCUGGAGUUGGUCACCAGUACCAGCCAGGACCUUUGACACGGCCCUGCGAAGCACCCUUCGUGGUCGACUGCCAAGCAGUCGAGCCAUUAACCCCCGGCAAGCGACUGUAUCCGGUGGAUCUCUAUCGCCAUCUUGACGGAAUAGCGGCCAACUUGCUCAACGAACCCCCCUCCAAUGGACGCUUUCACUUGUUUGCAUUUGUUGGAUCGGCGAUCCAAGAGGGUCGUUUGGGCCCACUGACAGACUACCUGGCGUCGCCCAAGUCGGCCCUCUCGUGUUUUGGUGCGUCCAGUCAGACCUGA